GCCGUUCUGCAGUGUCAAAAGCCAGGUGAUAUGGGGCAAACUGCUACAGGGUUUAGAGUCUUAUUCAAGCUAGUUGAGGUUUUCUCUGUCCUUCCUCUUUGCCAUCCCCAGUUUUCCCUCCUUCUUUCUCUCAGCCCACACUGGCCAAUGUUUUUCAUGUCCCCUUUAUCUGAUCCAGGUUCCUCUUCCCAACUGGAGCAGCUCCCUCCAUCCAGCACCUCAACCACACCCCACACCCUCAUGUUCUUCCUCGAGGCUGCUCAGGCUGGCCUUGCUAUCCGUAUGCUCCUACUGCCUUGCCAUGCUAGAGCCCUUCCCUGCCUUUUCUGCUCUUCCUGCCGCAGUAUCUCAGCAGGCCACACCAGCUCUGCUGGCCUGGCUACCCUGGUGUAUCUGGGGCCACGUGCUCUACAGCCUCUUGCCUGCGAGGGGCAUGCAGAGAAUGCAUGGUACCCUGUGACCCGGCAAUGCCGCGCAGGCUCUGAGGGAGCAAGGCAACGGAGACUGCUACAUCUCCUCCCCUUUCCUCCCUCCAUCAUGGGGUCUCUAGAAGAUUAGGACAAGGAAGAGCCUGACUCCCAUUAGGGAGUUGUAUUGGGAAAUGUGUCUCUGAGCCAGCUUCAACCUAAAAAUGGCUUGAGAUGGGGAGAGGACCAGGGAAGGGAUGUGUUUGGUUUCUGAACUGCUCUCCUUAAAAAUAGUACAUCACACCAAAAAGGUCUCUAUGUCUCCGUCUUCCAGCUGUUUUUCAGCAUUAUGUCAGGCCUGUAGGGCAGGGAGUCAAACUGGAUCUGAACAAAAAAAUCUGUUCAAACAGUUACUGUUCCCCAAACUGCAAUUGAAUAUGAAUGGUUAUUUUGACAUUUGAGUUUGAACUCAAAUCGGAAACAGACCUAAAAACUGCAGUCUAAGCUGAACUCAGACUGGAUCUGACUUUAAAAAAAAAUGUCCUGAUCUGACUCCUUGAUUUUUAAAGCAAACAUGGCCAACCACAUUGUCUGAAGGACACUCAGCUUAUUCCUAGCAUGGGGAAUCUCUAAGCAGGCAGCUCUUGGGCAAGGCCAGCAGACGUGGCCUGCUUGUGUUAGUCAGCUGCCGAUUGCUUCCUCCCUCCCAGGAAUAAACUGUUUGGCAAGCGCUGUGGUGAGACCAUAGUAGGUGUGAUUACAGGCUUGGUACUGAGUUGCUUUUGCAGUGGUAGUGCCUCUGCAUUCUUGCUGACACUCUGAUCCUGCCCACGGUUCUGCUGCCUUUUUCCAUGGUGCCGCAGCUUCCCUGGAAGCUGAUGAUGCGUAGCACUUUUUAGGAGGGUACCUUCAAAGUGCUCCAGUUCUGCUUCUCGCCAAGCCUCUCAUUUUAGAUAUGUUAGCAGCACUUCACCUACUGUAAGCGUGGCUUGUUGUGCAGUUUCUUCCUGCUUUUCUUUAUGUUUUGGAACUUUGUUUCUUUAAAGUGCAUUUUAUGAAACCCAAGCAUGUUCUUUCUCCUUUCUCAGUAGCUUUCUAGCACUUAAGCUAACAGGUUGUAUUUAUUUUAUUCUGCAUGCUUACCAGUGGAUCGUAAAGGUGGGAAUGCUCAUAUGACUGCACCCUCUUCAGUUAAUAGCCGAACCUUUAACACUAGUCAUACCGGUAUGUUAGGUCACGCAUGUAAACAUAAGAAGCCCUUAUCAGCUGCAAAAGCCUGCAUUACUGAAAUCCUCCCUUCUAAAUUCAAACCCAAACUAGCAGCUUCAGCUGCUCUUGUGCAGGACAAGAAGGGUAUUUUGCUGUCGCAUGAGAGAGCUCAAAGCUGCGAAAACCUUCGUAGCUCCAUUGCCUUGUUCAGUAAUAAAAAAGCUUUCAUGGUAGACAUAGGGGAAAGCAUAGAAAACAUGUUGAUGAAGUCGAAGGAGGAGUAUGCCAUCAAAUCCGGCAGUAACAUGAGCCUGCAGGAGUAUGGCACCAACUCUAGGAAAGGCUACCUGUUCCCUGCCUCCAGGAAGAGUGGGAUGGAGUUUACAAUGCUGUAUAAAGACAUGCACCAGAUCAACCGGUCCAGAAUCCAUUUGGGCACAGUCUCCUCCUGCAGCGUGAGGGAUAUUGCAUUUCAGUUUGAGAAUGAAGCAAAGGACAGGAUGGAGCACAGCCUUAGUCGAGAGGGUUCAGAGCAGAUCCCCAAACACACCGUUUCCUCCCGUAUCAGUGCCUUUGAGCAGCUGAUCCAGAGAUCCCGAUCAAUGCCCUCGCUUGACUUUUCCACUGGACAAACCAAAUUCACCACUUCUCUCCAGUCUAAAACUUGUCUGAGUUCUGCCUACUCUGCAGAGUUUCUUCUGGAUUUGCCAAAAGCACACCAAGAAGAGAAGGAUGCUGCCAGCUUGGCAGAUAAAUCCUCCCACUCCUGCAGCAACGUGGAGGACACAGCUUCGGAUGUCAGUGAUGCCAUCCCUAUGGACACGCUUUCAGCUUGCACGGAUGAGUUAGAUCUCCUCUCAAAUGCAUCCAAUGACAGCGGCGGCAGCAGCAGCAACCUCAAUGGGCCUCAGAAGCAUAAAAUCAACAGAUGCAAAGGCACGUGCCCAGCUUCCUACACCAGGUUCACUACUAUCCGAAGGCAUGAGCAGCAGCAGGCCUCCAGGAACCCACAUUCCAAAGGGGAUGUCUGUGGGGACAGACACAUGCUCCCCAGAAACGUCUACCUGAUGAGUCCACUUCCCUUCCGAUUGAAAAAGCCCUUCCAGCACAGAUCCUGCGGGACUCCACCCCCAGACUGCCAGGGAAGCCCAGCAGUGCCCUGCCCCGAGAACUCGGACGACCCCAUACAGCGGCAGGGGAGCGUAGGAGUCAAGAGUUACCACUCCCAGCACCAACUGUGUUCCAGAAGCAGGCCGCUAGCCCCCAGGCGCCUGUCUUCCUUUGAGAUUGUGGAGAGGCUUAGCUACUUCCCCACCAUGGGAUCUAGCCGAGAUAGCUACAUGGGCCGGGCUGACACUCCUGACUCCUUAAACAAUAGGAACCCUGUUCCAUAUGCUCUCUGUCACAGCCUGGACACAAACAACAACCCGCAAAGUGAACUUGGGACGUACCUAGGAGAUUCAGAAUCACCAAGGCAUUUUGCAGCAGUUGAUUACAUGGAAACUCCAGAAGAAAUUAUCCGCAGGCGGCAUGACGAUAAAGAGAAACUUUUAGAGGACCAGAGACGGCUUAAACGUGAGCAAGAAGAAGCUGAUAUUGCAGCUAGAAGGCACACAGGGGUUAUUCCAACGCACCAUCAGUUUAUCACUAAUGAGCGAUUUGGGGACCUCCUAAAUGUAGACGAUACAGCAAAGAGGAAAUCUGGGUCAGAGAUGAGACCUGCUAGAGCCAAGUUUGACUUUAAAGCACAGACACUAAAGGAACUUCCUCUGCAAAAAGGAGAUAUUGUUUACAUUUACAAACAGAUUGACCAGAACUGGUAUGAAGGCGAACACCAUGGCAGAGUUGGCAUCUUCCCAAGAUCUUACAUAGAGCUCCUCCCACCGGCUGAGAAAGCUCAGCCCAAAAAGCCAUCACCGCUGCAAGUGUUGGAAUACGGAGAUGCUAUUGCUAAGUUCAACUUCAAUGGGGAUACCCAAGUGGAAAUGUCCUUCAGAAAGGGUGAAAGGAUCAUGUUGAUUCGACGAGUGGAUGAGAAUUGGUAUGAAGGAAAAAUCUCUGGCACCAGUCGCCAAGGCAUCUUCCCUGUCACUUACGUGGAGGUGCUCAAACGGCCAGUGGUCAAGAAUGCCAUCGACUAUCCUGACCCACCAAUGUCCCUCUCCCCUAACCGCAGCAUGACAGCUUCACCACAGUCUCCCAGCUCUGAGCUGCUCCAUACACCAACUCCUCCGCCUUUGCCUUUUGCACGCCGCGCCUUAUCUCCAGAGGUGCAGGCAGUCACAUCUGAGUGGAUUGCUUUGACCGUGGGAGUGUCUCCUAGCAGCACUCCUGCCAUAACUCCUCCAUUGCCUCCUCCGCCUGAAGCCUCCCUCUCUCACACAGACUCUCUCUCGCCUUCUGCUGCAGCCAGCCCUUCCCCCACAGCCAGCCUCCACCAUUCUCAUCUCUCUGGCUCCUCAACUCCCAGGUCCAUUAAAUCCCCAUUGCCUUCUUACUCAUCCAGACCUCAGCCCUCCGCUCGCAGUUUCUGUCAGGCCGCCUUGCAAAGCGAAGAAAAGUUUGUUGGCUCCCCUUCUCCCAGCGUGAGCUACCGUAACUCGCCUCGCUGGGCAGUCGAGAGCCCCGAAAGCAUCCUCACAGAGCAGCAUGACACCACUGGCAGCCCGGGCUGGCUCCAAAAGACCAGAGAGGGCGGCAGCAACCCCGAGCAGGGUGCGCGUGCUGUUCCCAAGAUCUCUGCCGAGCGCUGCCUGAAACCAUCCCAACUAGACAUGCGUGUGAGCCCAGAAAAGCGACCCGUGGGUUCCUCUGACGACAACCAGUUGUGUCAGGAGCUAAUGGCUAUUGUGCAGGGAGGUAAAACAGAGAAAAGAGGCGUGAGGAAAGGUGAUCUGGGAAAGUUACAAAGCGGGGAAAAGAAGCCACCUCCCAGACUUACAUGCAGAGUCAAUAAGCCACAGCCUUCCCACCAUUCAUUGAGAGCUGGACCAGAUCUCACAGAGUCUGAAAAGAGCUAUGUGCAACCUCAAGCACAGCAGCAAGGAGCCAGCCCUGACAGGAGUCAAACACCACGAGACACAGUUAGCUACCAAGCCCUCUACAGCUACACUCCUCAGAACGAUGAUGAGCUGGAGCUGAGGGACGGUGACAUUGUCGAUGUCAUGGAGAAAUGUGACGACGGCUGGUUUGUGGGUACGUCCAGGAGAACAAGGCAGUUUGGCACCUUCCCAGGCAAUUACGUGAAGCUUCUGUACCUGUAAAAUAACAGUGAUCUCACCACGACAGUGAUGGGGUUGUUUUCCAGGUGGUGUUUUUAAACAGUGAAGAAACAGACAAUUUAUGAAUGUAAUAGACAAGAGACGAGAUGUGUUAGGAGGAUGUGGUUAUGUGGUACAGUAUCGAGCUGAAUGUGUAGCCCUGCUUCCACGGAUUCAGGGUGUGAUUUGUUUGCUGAAGAAGAGACAGUUUCUAGUUUACAGUGUUGCCUUUGUGUAUUCCUUUCCCCUCCCCUGCAAAAGUUGUGGUGAUAAUCUUAAUUUGUACGGAGUACUUACCUCUGAGAAGGCUUUCAGGGAAGCACAUGGUAUAGGUUUUGUUUGUGUGUUGAGACAGGAUAGUGCUUUGGGUCAGUAUGCAGCCUUGCAGCUGCUCCCUGUCGCUGGCAGGGUUCAGGGAGGCCAGGCUUUCUGCCUGGUUUCUGCCCUGCUGAAAGGCUCGCUUUGCUCUGCCCUCCGCUUCCAUAGAAAACCCUUCCUCCAUGUCAUGCACCUUAAGACCCGGCAGAGGCAGAGGACAGCUGAUACGGUUAAACUGCAGAGCUCUGUGUGGAAAAGGAGUUUGGGACUGGUGGUUUAAUCCAGAGAGGUCAGCCAAAGCGUAAUGCAAAUGGGCAAAAAUCCCAAACCCUUUAAUAAGAUUAUUACCUAUCUCUGCACGGUUUUUUUCUUUUGUGCAGGGUGUGUGUGUGUGUGUGAGUAUUGUGUGCAUCAAAACAAUCAGAGUCCUGUUUUUUGAAGAGAAAUCAGCCUGGCUUUGACAUUUAUCUGCACAAAGAAUAGAACCAAUAAACAGAACAUCCAUGAGCGCAAAUCCUGUUUACGAGUCCUACGGCCCACUUUCUCUGCUCCUCCUGCCCUGUUGCUGGCCCAGAAGGAUCACACGCUUUUCAAAGCAUACUCUUUGGGAUGAAGACUUUGCUUCUUUCCCAGUAUUAAAUCUUAGAGGCUCUGAUAAUUCGGAGCAACGUAUCACUGAGGGUGCCUUUUUUUUUCUUCUUGGUUACAGUGUCAAUGAUAGGUCUCAAAUACAUACAUGCAUUUUGGCUGCCUCUUAGUCAUAAGAAACGGCUAAUCAGUUUGGAAAGCUGUUCCCAGCAGUUGUUACCAGUUACAUAGAUUCGUAUUUCCUUGAGGAAAGAAAAAAAACCACACCGUGGCUUGGCUGUAUGCGUGCCUGUAAAUCCACUAUGAAUACUCUUUUGAUAGACAUUUUCUUAUUAAGAAAAAGCAUAAACAAAACCGGUUCUAUCAGACUCUGCUUCCUACAGUUACCAUACAAAUAGCAAAGGGUUAUAUUGCUAUUUUGUCACAAGCCGUAUUUAAUAAUAUAAAAUGCCUAUUUUUAUGCUGAUGCUUUUAUACAGAUUUAUUAAGAGUAACUACAACUAACUGUUAGCACGACUUGCAAUGUUUUGAUAAACUAGCCAUGCUCCUGGGUUUGAAAUUGAGUAGGCUUGUCUCCCGCCUAGAUCAGCGGAAGAGAAGGCUCAGUGUCUCAGAAGUUUGACUGUAAAUAUGUAUAUUUAACUUUGUACAGACAAUGUACUUACCUUGUAUAGAAGAAUAAUUUAAACACAUUGAGUGAAGGGAGGGAAAAAAAGGCAGUUGUGAAAGGUUGGGAUUUUUGUCCACUUUUAUUUAAAUAAUGGAAAUCCACGUAAGUUCACAUAAAGAGUUUUAGCACAAAAUAUCUAUUAUGAAAAGGUUUCAGAUAUGACACAAAGUACCACAGUUUCUUUUCUGUAGGGGAUACCUUUAAUCCUGCAUCUUAUUUAUGGGUUUGUUUUUCUGCUUUGGGUUUGCCCUCCAGUUAUUUGCAGCAAUAUUUAGGCCUGUUGCUAAGAUUGGAUAACACCAAAUUAAUCUAUCCAGCAAAGUAACAUGACAAUACUGACUGUAUAUAACAUACUCAUUUAAAGGUUUAUUUUUUGUUCUUGCUCUUGCCAUCUUAAGUUACACACACAUGCGCGCGCGCACACACACACACACACACAAACCGCAACUUAUUUUUGUGUUGAUUUUUUUGUUUCUUAUUGCAGUGGAUUACUAUUUGACAAUUAAUAAAUGGAAUUAUUGAAUUACUAUUGUGUUCCUUGUACAACUUAUUGAAUAAAGUCUAUUCCCGCUC